AUGCCAGACCAGCCCGCCACCGGCGCACACCCAGACCGCUCAGAUACAAAGCCCCCCCUCAACACCGCCCCCGGGAAGAAACGCAAGGCAUCCUCUCCCGCCCUCACCUCUGUCGCAGACAAGAGACGCCAGUCCAUCGGCAUCGACCCAUCUACAGACGACGAUGCCGCCUCAUCAUCAAACAGCAAACCCGCCCGCGAGCCAAAGCGCACGAGGGUGCACUUUUCAUGUGUCGAGUGCCACAGGAGAAAACAAAAGUGCGACCGCAAAGAGCCCUGCUCGCAGUGUGUCGCGCGACGUGUUCCUCAUCUCUGCAGACCUUUCCUCAACGGCGUAGAGGAUCCCAAUGCCAACUCGGACGUCAACGCACGCCUGGGCAAUAUCGAGUCUCUUCUUGCUCGGCUGGUGUCAUCGGUACCGCCAGCCACUGCGUCCACAAGUGCCUCUGCCAUUGUGGCUCCACUGGCCCGGGCAUACACUGACAAUGGCUCCCCCGACGUCUCUUCCUUGACUGCCUCGGGAGAAGACGUCUUUCAUCCCCACGCUACGCCGCCAGACCCCGCACCUCGCGUAACGAUGCCACAUAAACCCCCGCCAUCUGGCCUCUUCCCCUCCAACAUGUCCUAUGCGACCCCACCGGGGCGUACAGGCUAUGGCUGGGGGCUGAGAGAAGGCAGACGGAUAUCCCUAGCGCCGGACGACAACUUUGAGCUUCGGGAAGUACUUCAGACUCUGAAGGAAAGUGGUGUUUCGCAGGGACAUCUCGAGUGGUUGAUUGCCGGUGUUCCAGGCAGGCGCAUGGCUGAUGGCCUCGUCGAGUUGUAUUUCAAGGAUAUUGACUGGACGAGAUACAAGAUUAAUCGAUUCUCAUUCAUGUCUCGAUACACCAAAUUCUUCGACUCGAUAGGACGGAACCCAACAUGUCCCAAAAUUGAUGCAGACACCCUGAAAUGGCUUCCUUUGAUGUUUAUCGUGCUUGCGAUCGCCGCUCUUUCCGCCCCCCAUGAGCUGGUUCCCCGAGACGAACAAGUCGGUUGGUCGCGCCGCUUUUACGGAUCCGCCCGGAGUGGACUCGAAUAUGCCAAAGCCCUCCAGCGCGACACCCUCGAUGUCCUCUUCGCCGGUCUCCUCGCUUCUCGCUACAUGCUUCUCACACGUCGGCCCGCUGAAGGCAGCGCGCCCGUCACAACCGCUUUUCAAAUCGGUCUCUAUCGCGAUGGCACCGUCCUCAACAUCACGGACAAGAAGGAAGUCGAGAUUAGGCGAAGGGCGUGGGCGAUGCUGUAUCAUAUCGACAGAACCAUCUCGUUACUGGUUGGCCGGCCGGCAUCCAUCUCUGAUGCCCAUACCGACACGCAGCCGCCCGCCAAUCUGGAUGACGAAGAGGUGGAAAGUGGAGACUUUGAUCCUGCUGGUCAUCCACUCAAUGUGCCCACGUCGUAUACGUACGUGAUUGUCAGGCACAAACUUGCCGAGAUCAUGGGCCGCAUCGCCUACCACACUUUUGCGAUCCAAUUGCCAGAAUACAGCACUGUCGUUUCCUUGGAUCGAGAGCUACUCACGUGGCGAGACAAUCUUCCGUCAUUCUUCCGUAUGGAGAAUCCCGACACAUCGCUUGACAAGUCGCAUCCAUACCUCUUUGUACAGAGACACCUUUUGGCGUGCGAGUGGUACUACACGCGAAUCACGCUCAACCGACCUUAUCUGCUCAGAAGAAAGCCUCAAGAUAGCCGAUACUCUUACUCCAAGACGGCAGCUAUCGAGAGUGCAAGGGCAGAUCUGAUGAGCAGAAGAGAGUUUGUCAUGGAGAAGGGCAAAUUGAUUGUGAACAGUGGCGGGUAUCGAGUGUUGAAUUCGUAUAUGGUGCUGGGUGUUACUAUCAAGCUCGACCCAGAUUCUGCCCUUGCCGACGAGCUGCGACAACUACUCAACGUGGUAUCCGGUCGCCUGCCCGACAGCCAAAAUCGUCUCUCCGAGCCCCUCGUCAAAGAAGAACUCGCCAUAGUAGAGUUCCUUACCGCCAAGCCCCAAAACAAGCCUUCCCGUCCUCCGCCCCGCUCCGCAGAAGCCGGCGCCGGAGGUGAUGACCAGACGCCUGUGGACUUGUUGCUCAACCUAGCUACCACCAGGAGCGGGAAGCGGGCAGCAGAGGAAGAAAAGAGACAGCUGAGGCUGCAGGCUGCAAGGGAGAAGGAGGAGCAAUCGCAGAUCGCCAAGCGCAAUGCCGGUGCUGGGCAGAUUUCAAGCAGUCCUUGGGGCUAUGUCGCGCCAUCCAUGCCUGGACUGGACGUUCAGCAGCCUUUCGGCAACGGCAGCAAACAGCGUGUCCCGCGCCCUCUCCAGCCCCCUCCUACAAGGCGAGCCGAUGGGUCCAUCCCAGACUCUACCGACUGGUCCCCUGAGAUGGCCCUCGCCCUUCAGAACUCCCAACGCCAACAGACCCAAGCUUCCGCCCAGGCUCAUGUAGCACAGCAACAGCUCACUGACGGUCUUCCAGGGUUCAAAACCUCGCCUUCACAAAACCAAGGAGGCAAUCUGAGUCUGUCGCCGUAUGGUGGGUUUAGCGAUUUGCCUUCCUUUAGCAAUGAGACCUUGGGCGGGUUUGAUGCUGCUACAGGGUUCUUCCAAUCCCAACUUCCUGCCUCGAAUAUGGACCAGGCUCCCUCCGCUGGGUCAUCCUCGUCAUUGACGACUGUUCCAGGUCAGCAAACUGUGGAUGGGCUCGGGGAUGGAGGAAUCCCGCAAUUCGGUAACGCAACAUUCGAGUCUUUCGAUUUUAAUGAUUUGGGGCUGGACGUGAGGAACAACGGGGGCGGCUUCAAUCCUUUCGCUCUUCCUCAGACAGAAGAAGGAAAUUCAGAAACUAGUGCACCGGAUGAUGAGACAAUGUUCCUUACUUAUAUUCUCAACAAGUUUGCCAACACUCAGCCGGAAAUGUCAUAG